AUGAAGUCGUCGUUCAAGUUCUCCAACUUGUGCGGCACCGUCUACCAGGGCGGCAAUGUGGUCUUCUCGGCAGAUGGCGAUUCCAUCUACUCGCCUGUAGGCAAUCGUCUAUCCAUCUUCAAUCUUGUCCGCAACACCUCCACCACGCUGCCAUUCGAGACGAGGAAGCCCAUCGCACGGAUUGCGCUUUCGCCUGCCAACCAGGCGAUCGUUCUAGUGGCCGACGAGGAUGGACGUGCUCUCUUGAUCAACACCUUGAGAAGGUCGUUGCUCGCACAGAUGAACUUCAAACAGCCUCUUCGCGACGCACAGUUCUCCAACGACGGCAAGUACCUCGCCGUCACGUACGGAAGCCAGAUUAAGGUCUGGCGCACUCCCUCGCAUCUGGCUCGCGAAUUCGCGCCCUUCAUCCUGCACCGCACCUACACCGGCCACUUUGACGAUGUGCUCAGCAUUCGAUGGACCAAGAACAGCAGGUUCUUUAUCACCACAUCCAAGGACAUGACAGCUCGUCUGUAUUCGCUCGACCAAGUGGAAGGGUUCCGUCCCAAGACAUUCACCGGCCAUCGAGAUGCGGUCAUCGGCGCUUACUUUUCCAAAGACGAGAAGACCAUCUACACCGUCUCUCGCGACGGCGCCUGCUUCACAUGGCAAGGCAAGCAGAGCGACGACGAGGAUCAGGACGCCGACAUGCGCGAGGACGACGAAGACACGUGGCAGCCGAUCGAGGGCGCCAAGGGCGGCAGCUCGUCCAAGCAGGCUGACAACGCCGUCGGCCUGACGCGUUGGGGAGUGGCAAACAAGAACUACUUCAUGCAGACCGGGGCCAAGACCGUGUGCGCUAGCUUCCAUCAGCAAGGCUCGCUUCUGGUCGUCGGCUUUUCGAACGGCAUCUUUGGGCUCUGGGAGAUGCCCGAGUUCAACCCCAUCCACACGCUCAGCAUCAGCCAGGAGAAGAUCACCAGCGUCGCCAUCAACGCCAGCGGCGAGUGGCUCGCGUUCGGUGCACACCGCCUCGGUCAGCUGCUGGUCUGGGAGUGGGCCAGCGAGUCGUACAUCCUGAAACAGCAAGGCCAUUACUACGACAUGAACACGGUUGGCUUCGCUUCCGACGGCGCAGUAGCAGCUACCGGCGGUGACGAUGGCAAGAUCAAGCUCUGGAACACCGCCAGCGGUUUCUGCACCGCGACCUUCUCGGAACACUCGGCUUCGGUCUCUUGCAUCGAGUUUGCCAAGCAGGGACAGGUGCUCUUCAGCGCGAGCUUGGACGGCACGGUGAGGGCCUACGACUUGGUCCGAUACCGCAAUUUCCGCACCCUGACGAGUCCUGAACCGGUCCAAUUCGUCAGUCUCGCCGUCGACCCCUCGGGCGAAGUGGUGUGCGCGGGCAGCGCCGACACGUUUGAGAUCUACAUGUGGAGCGUGCAGACGGGCAAGCUGCUCGACAUCCUCUCUGGUCACGAAGGCCCCGUCUCCGGCCUUUCGUUCAGCCCCGACGGCAGCGGUGUGCUGGCCAGUGUCAGCUGGGACAAGACGGUGCGCACGUGGGAGGUGUUCAGGACGUCGCAAAGCGUCGAAUCGUUCACGCUCAACGCCGAUGGUCUGGCGGUGGGGUUCCGACCCGACGGACGAGAGAUCUGCGCCUCGACGCUCGACGGCUACCUGGCCUUCUUCGAUCCGCACGAAGGCAAGCAGACGGGCGUCGUCGAGUGCCGUCGCGACAUUGCAGGCGGACGCAAAGUGAACGACAAGAUUGCUCGCCGCAACAAUGCGAGCGGAGCCUGCUUCACCACGGUCUGUUACAGUGCGGAUGGUGCAUGCAUUUUGGCAGGCGGCAAUGCCAACUAUGUGUGCUUGUACGACGUCAAGGAGCGAGUGCUGCUCAAGCGAUGGGAGCUCACCAAGAACCUGGCGCUGGAUGGCACACAGGACAAGCUGGAUAGCCGUCGUGUCACGGCAGCCGGUGCGAUCGAUCUGGUCGACGACCGCGAGGACGAGGCGGAUCUGCUGCCGACGGAGCGUGUGGAUCAGUCGCUGCCCGGUGCUCAGCGCGGUGAUGCGACCAAGAGGACGACGCGUGCCAUUUCCCGAGCCAAGUGCGUCCGCUUCGCGCCCACUGGUCGAUCGUGGGCGGCUGCUUCCACCUCCGGGUUGCUCAUCUUCAGCCUAGACGAGCAGGCCGCUUUCGACCCAUUGGACCUCGAUAUGGAUCUGACGCCACAAGCCGUCCGAGAAGCAUCGACGCGCGGCGCGCAUCUACUGGCUGUGGUCGGCGCUUGUCGUCUCGGCGAAAGGCCGUUGAUGGCCGAGGUCUACGAGCGCACUUCGGCAGCAGACAUCAUGCUGGUCUCGCAGCAGUUGCCUCUGAUCCACCUGCCGACGGUGCUGCGUCUGAUCGCGGAUCGCCUGCAGCCCAGCAGCGGCAGUCCCCACGUCGAGUUUCACCUUCGCUGGAUCGCCGCCAUCUUUUCGGUGCGUGGUGCCGAGAUCAAGUCCAAGGCUGCGACCGAGUAUGCACCCGUGCUGCGCGCUGUGCAGGUCGCGCUCAACGAGCUGCGUGCCAACGUGAAGCGCAUCAGCGACGAGAACUUGUACUCGCUGCUGUACGUGUGGAACGGUGUGACGAAGGGCGAGCAGCAGAGCAGCAGUGCCAAGGCUGCGAAUGGAGCUGCUAGCCUGGGCGAGCUGAUGGAGGUCGAGGCGCUCUAG